AAAAUAAUUUAUUCCCACUUUAACUAACCAUCGCGGCAUCUCGCAUCUUCUACUCACUGCUAACAACACUAACCUACGCUCGAAAUGGUCAACAUUCCCAACUUUAUCGAUAAGGUUUUAUCAGUCAACGACACUUCUAACGCCUCUCUAACACAUUGCAUCAAAGAGGCAGAUAUUGAUGGCGUCAUCGAGGAAUGUAAGGAUAUCCUCUCAGCGCAAGCGACAAUGGUUGAGGUUCAGGCGCCGAUUGCGGUCUGUGGAGACAUUCAUGGGCAGUAUACUGAUCUUCUUCGAAUCUUCAACAGAUGCUCAUUCCCGCCGGAUCAAAACUACCUGUUCCUGGGCGACUACGUGGAUCGAGGACGUCAACAACUUGAAGUCAUUUGUCUCCUCAUGGCAUACAAAGUCAGGUAUCCAAAUGGGUUCUUUAUACUCCGAGGAAACCACGAGUGUGCUUCAAUCAACCGUACGUAUGGAUUUUACGAUGAGUGUAAACGAAGAUAUUCUUUGGCUCUAUACAAUGAGUUCCAAAAUUUGUUCAACAGUCUCCCAUUGUGCGCAAUGAUCUCCGGACGAAUCUUCUGCAUGCAUGGUGGAUUGAGCCCGGAAUUGGUUUCAUGGACACAGCUUGCCAAAAUCAUACGCCCAUUCGAUCCACCAAACGCGUGCCUUGCAAUGGAUCUCCUUUGGGCAGAUCCAGAGAACAACCAUACCGGAUGGGGAAAGAACUCACGCGGAGUUUCCUAUAUUUUUGGAGCCAACGUUGUAAAGGACUUCACGGAGAAGAUGAAUAUCGAUCUCAUUGCUAGAGGCCAUCAGGUUGUUCAAGAUGGAUACGAAUUUUUCGCCGACAAACGCCUCGUGACAAUCUUCUCUGCACCCAAAUACUGUGGAGAAUUCGACAACAAUGCAGGAAUUAUGAUUGUCGACGAACGGCUCAUCAUUUCCUUCGAGAUCCUGAAGCCAGCCAUGAGAGAAGUAAAAAUUCAAGCUCGUGCAGCCGCCAAAAACAAGUCAACCAGAAGUAUACUCGUGAGCAGCAGAGGACCGAAGUCUAAAAAAGGAUAACUAACCAUUUAUGCAGCUAUUGAUUGAUUCUAACGAAAUAAAUGUUUUAAACUUCACA